AUGUUGAAGAUUGUGAUUCUAUUUGUGACAGUUGCUGCUGUGGCUGGCAGUGAGGCGAAGGUAGAAGAAACGACAACUAAGAACACCGUGAAACGUGGUUUGGAUUUCGGUUUCGGUGGACAUAAUGCCGUAGGUUUUGGGGGCAGUAGUGAUCCUUGGAGCGGAUCAUCAAGACUAAGUGCGGCACCUUGGAUUCAGAACAGUGGAUGGAAGCACGGACCCUCUCCGGCAGAGAUAGCUGCCACAAUUUCUGCUGCCAAGCAAGCCUCGGCUCAGGUAUUGAUCGCUCAGCAGCAGGUCCAAGCGGCUAAAGAUAAUGUGCUGAACCAGCAGAAGGUCGCAAACGAGAAGGAGGCUUCUGCUGCCUACGCAUCGCAGAAGAGUGAAGCAGUCGCAGCUGUGCAACGAUCGGAAGCAGCAGCUGCAGCUCAAGCGGUCGUUUUGGCUCAACAUCGUCUAGCGGCUGCCAAAGCCAAUGUAGCUCAUCAUCAACGUAUAGCAGCUGCCAAGGAAUCGUUGGCCGCUCAAGCGAUACAAAGCUCGGCUAAGGCAGCUGCUGCUGAGAUUCAUCGUGCUGAAAUUCAAGCUGCUAAGCUCGCAGCCCAUCACCGUUCGGAUGCUGCCUCCCUCAAUCACCAUGUUAUUGCUAUUAAGGAUGAAUCCUUUGCUCCGCUGACCUUCGGAGGUAAUCAGAUUCCCACGACUCAGCUGUACCGUGCGCUGGCUGGCCCUUGGAACGACCUGUCAUCGGCGUCGGGGCAGAGCCCAUGGGCUAAUGGAUUCCCCGCCGGUAAUCAAGGAAAACCUGUUUGGGGCUAG